UUCCGAUCUGCACACCAAUCAUUUUUAUUUAUUGUUCUCGCAUUUGAAAUUAAUUCUAUAUGCGUUCGAAGUUGCACAACAAUUCCAACAAGAUUCACGGUUAAUUGAAACUAAAAAUUCCAUGUUUUUAUUGAUUCCUUCUCAUCCAAGACAAUUCCUUUUCUCGCGCAACAGUCGUUUCGUAGACCUUCGAUGAAAUUUCACAGCGAACAAAUAUGCAUAGGAAAUGUAUGGCCGCGUUUCACUCGAGAGAAACCGGAGCCAGAGCGUGUAAUUCCUGAAUCGACGCGUGCAGCCACCCCGUCUACCGGCGAAAUUUCCUGCCUAAAUCGGGGAUAUUGUGAGCUUGAUUACUUCGAUAUAGAUAUUGCGUUACAGUCAUGGCUGGGGGCGUGUAAUCGAACUACACGGAGUCUCGUAAACUCGAUGAACUUGAAAGACGAGCCAACGUCGAAGUCUUGAACUUCUGACGGCGUGCAAUGUUAGCACUUUGCCGUCGAGUUUGCGGCCUCGCUCCUCUCGCUUCUUGUCUCUGCCGUCAGGCUACUGUUGCUUCUGAUCCGACGAUUUCCCCCUGGUAAUUGAUUUCCCGUGUGUAAACCUGGUCAAAGGUGCUCGAUGGUUCAGUGAAGUUUUAACAUUUCUUUGACGCGAAGUCAAGAAUCCUGCAGAGAAAAUGUUUGCUGUACGUUUUUCAAGCAGAGAGUAAUUAAUACGAACUGGAUAAAAAAAAAGUCAAAUAGCAAAGUGGCAAUUUUACAAUUAUGUAUUUAUAUUUUUAUUUGCCAUUGCUUCAGGUUUAUUGCGCUUUUUCACCAAAACAGAUUACUAACUAAUUAAUUAAUAAUUAUUAUAACUAAUUGAAAAAGAAGCUGAAACGUCUAAGAACCAGACGAAUACAACGAUAUGCUCGAACCACUGAACGUUUGACGGGCACGCGAGAAAAACGGGCCACCCCAUUGAUAGCCCAUUAAUUCCCAGUAAUGAUCCAAUUACCACGCCAAAGUCGGUCCUUUAGAACACCUAUUCACCACCUUGGAGCGUGUUCGUGCGCAUCAGUCACGUUCCACAGCAUUGAGCAACAUCCAAGUGUACCCAGCCUAACCGAACCGCAACCAGACCACCGUUGCAAAUCAACCCCCGCCCUCUCAACAGGUCCAAAUAUUAAUUCAAUAGGACUGGUCGUCGUAGUAACGGUAAACAGAGGUUCGCUCUCUUUGACCCGCCAAGGAUCGCAGCGUUAAAUGUCCAUCGUUUCAACGUUUCUAACCUCCAAUCGAACGAGAUGAGUUUCUUCAAGGUGGAGGAGACGCAAUGCGGUCCUCUGAAGCCGAGGAAGUAUCCCACGGUUGCAAUUGGUAGUCUGAACGCGCCUUGGGGAUACAGAUUGCGCGAAAGAUCGGGUUGCAAAACAGUGAAGAUCCCGGAAUCGUACGAGGAACAUCGACUGCAGAAGGAGAGGGAGUAUGAACAUUUGACGAAAAUUCUGGAGUUCGAGAACCAAACGAACAGCAAAAUCAAGAAGAAGAGCGUGUGGCAGCGAGUUCAGCAAGGAUUAGCAUCUUUCGAGGACGGCGUGAAUGCGCGGCGAGAAAAACUUCGCGAGUUACUGUUGAAAGAAGAGAUGGGGCUGAUUCACGAGGUGAUAUACCAGGCUCAGCACGGCGACGACGCGAGGAUGGACGACAUGCGUCGUUCGAUAGAAGAAAUCCGCAAAGAAGAGGAAGAGAAACGUUUAGCAGUGGUAGCUGCGAAGAGAAUGCAACAGUAUAUAGCCCAAUGUCCAGAAAUUCGUAACAGCCGCUCGAAGAAAUCAGUGAUCGAUGCAAAACAGGGAAAUUUGGCCCAAAUGGCGGCUAACGAAGCUAAGAGACAAGCAGAUAAAGAAAUAGACAAUCUUUGGCACCAGUUGAUGUUGAAGGAAGUGGAAGCGAAGAAACAGAGAGAGGUCGAGGAAGCGAAAAGACGUUGCCUAACGGAACAAGUGAAUAUGACCAUCCUGGCGAACCAAGUAGCAGGAAAGUUAGCUCUGGAGGAGCAAAAGAAGCAAAUACAUAUGGAAGACAGAGAGCAUAUGCAACGUCUGAUAGAGAAACUUCGCGAAGAAGAGCUUGAGAAGCUCGAGAAAGAACGUCAGAAGAGAGAGGAGCUGAAGAAGGAUCUACAGGAACAGAUUCUGGUAGCCAAGCGGAAGUUAGCCGAGCAGGCACGCCACGAAGCGGAAAUGGACCGCUUGAGAGGAAUCAUCGCUGCGGAGGAAUUAGCGAAAGAGCAGUCCGCCAUCAAAGAGUCCAGUGCCGCUCUUCGUAGAGAAUUACUCGUUUACAUCGAAUAUUUGGAAGAUUUACGGAAAGAGGAAGCUAGAAGAAACUUGGAAGUGGAUAAAAUAAUAGAAAAGUCAAUGCAGGACACUGCUUACAAGCGAAAUCUUGCGGUACAGAAAUUCAAAGAGGCUAGAAUGAAGAUUCUACAGGAUGUUCUUCGAGGUCGUGAGGAACAACUGAGGCUAAAGUGUGAGAAUGACAAGAAGGAGAUGGAAGCGCGUCAAUUGGAAAAGGAAAUGCUGGAGAAGCAAAUAGAAUCGGAGGCCAAGUUGACUGCUUAUGCAAGAAAAGAAAAGAUGGAGAAAAUGUUGUCUUAUAGAAAGGAUUUGGAAGUACAAUGGAAACGGGCCGAGGAUGCGAAACGUAGAGAAGCUGAAGAAGAUAAGAAGAUGUAUUUGGAAGAAAUUAAGCGGCAAGAAGAGUAUCAGAAAUUGACAGAGGAGUUGUUGGAAGCUUCUGACAAUGUUACUCCGCACCCGUUUAAGAUUUUGCUGAAGGAAUGCGCGGCUCGUUAUGCUGCAGAGAAGGAAGGACAGUGUUACUGUCCGCCGCCGUUAUCCGAAUAGAAUUAAUAAUGCAAAUUUUAAUAAUCGAAGGUAUAUAAUAUAUAUUUUGUCAUAUUAUAAAGUAACGUAAUUGACGUCUGAAGCGUGAAUUUUUGUUUUCCCGCUCCGGAAGGAUCCACGAUUCACGUGGUGAUCCAUUCGAGCUACGCGCACCAUCUAUGUCAUCGUCAGAGAAACUUUGAACGCGCUUGUCGCUAUGGUAGAACUCUGCUUCGCUAUCGAUCAUUCUCCUUUUUUCCGUUUUUCACGGCGCGCAACUUGGUGGCGCGAUAUUUAAAAAUACCGGCAAGGGUUAAAAGUAAAAAUCAUUCAAAAUAAACCUGUCGGUCGACGCAGACUUUCACGCUCGUCGCGUCGCUGAAAAUAAACUUGCAAAAUAAACUGGCAAGAAUCAAUGGGCAGAAAAUCUGCAGCUAAAGCAGCCAGUCACACGGAAUAAUAAUAAUCAUCGCGAUUCGCGGUAAACGAGCGUGUUAUAAAUUCCAUCGAAUUAUACGAAACGAUGAAAUAAAACCGGCGUAAAAACCAAGCAUCAGCGCGAAUCGCGUGUAAAUAAUUCCAUCAUCGAUGCGAAUUAUUUUCAGCGACGCCGUGGCCGCAAUUCGCAUUAAAAUAAUUACGCGCCCCGGGUUCAAGUAUCGUUUUUUUCCCUUUCUUCCGCGGCGAGAUUUAUACUUCGCUGAAAAACUGAUUCGUUCUCGCGCUUCGGGCUCUCAGCGAUUUUUUUCUGCCCCAUCCUUCGCUCUCCUUUUUUUUUUUUUUAUCUUUUCUCUCCGUCUUUUUUUAUCUGUUUUAUCUCUCUUUUUUAUUUUUUAAUACAUAUUUACAGCGGCACUCGUUGAAUCUCCCCGAGUCCCUCCGCAGCUACCUUCGGGCGGUCGCUUUGAAAUUCACGACGAACCAGCCUGACGUGCAAAUUGACACGCCGAUUGGAUUAAAUAACAUAACUUGUCCGGCCAGGACGCGCCGCGCGUAAAUUACCAGCCGUUUCGUUCGAUUACUGGAAAACACGCGACGUGCUGAAAAGGAGAACGGAUUUAAUGAGCGUGCGCGCGCGAUCAAAAAUUAGACACGAAUUAAUCGCUCCAAGACCCAUCCGCUUGACGAUGAUUUAACGAACUCUUCGAGAAGAUGCAUCGCACCUUCCUUUCUCUCUCGUUCCUGGUUCUCUUUCAACGCCUGCGUACUGCUUAUCGAUAAUUUAAUCGCAUCAAUUCUUGAAGAAUACAAUAUCGUAGAAAUUGAAUAUGUGGUUAUUAAAAAGAAAGGGGGGAUAUAAUUCCUAGAAAGUUCGAAUCUUUAUUUUACGUUUCAAUAUUAGGAUAUCACGAAGGGUUAAAUAGUUGCCUCUUUAUGACUCGCAUAAUAAUGGUUCUUUUUUUAACAUUUCUGAAAUAGUACCGAGUUUACGAUGUCGUUUACCUAGCCUUCGUACGACCUUGAGCAGCGUAGAUCAGAUAAUAUUUUUUUAUUUCGCCCGCAGGCGUUUCGUUAUAUCUUCGAAAGCGACGAAGGUAUUCGAGAUAUUCCUGAUAAAUGAUACAAUCUGUAUUUCGUAUUAUGUCUUGAGUAAUACCGCGAAGAAGGCUACCCUUGUUCCCUUUACCACGGGAGAAGCUGCUACAAUAAUGCACUUUCAUGUUUCCGCUCGCUGCAAAAUUGCUCUUUAUGGUCACCCAGCGAAGGUAAUUUCCAGCAGGAAUUUUAAGAUUAAACGACGCAACCUUCAACCCCUCUCAAUUUUUCCCUUAUCGAGCUACGUAGUAUUCCCUUAACAGCACACCGCGUGGGUGGUGCUGAACUUGCCGUGCAAGGUAUCCAACAAAAGCCGCAAAUAGAAACAGUAGUUCCUCGGACAAUAAACCACUUAACUUUUAGCUUUCUAACAGACGCAAUUCAAUUUCCCUUUCUCUACAUUUGCAACCCAGUUUGGCGCAAUAAAUCCAGCAAGUUCAGCUUGGUUUCUCCGAUGGAACCCAUAAAAAUCCCUUCUGUCCAGCCCUUUAGCGAGCUCGGAGAAGCUUCACGAUAUAGCUGAAACGCCCAACAGCUAGUCCCAUGUAUAUUAAAACGCAUCCCCGUUGCUAUAUUAAAAUAUUUCCGUUCGGUCGGCGAGCACGUCCCAUAAUUCCUGCGGGUGACGUGGUGUAGUUGCGAAAGCGUUCACCAAAGUGGAAAGCCGGAAGUCGCUGGCGUACGGGGGUGGACGCGUUUCCAAGUCGAAGCCGCUUAACGCGGAAUUUCAAACACGAAUACGGUUUGACGCGGUUACGCUCGCGUGUCUUCGAUGUGACGCGACUCCUCCGCUCGUUUCUCGAUUAUGGUCGUUCGUUUUUACGCAGUUAUCUUUAUAACGUCGUAGAAACUUCCUCUUCGUCUUGCCUCUCGACUUUCGAGGCCAGCCCCUUUAUCGACUCUACCCCUGCUUCCGCUCCUCAGCCAGGCUUUCUUUUUUCUUUUCUUAUUAUUUCCUCCUUUUUUCUUGGCAGACUUCACCCUUUGCGUGUUUUUUCUCCUUGCACGCGCAAAGACCGUCGGAGCGACUAAUUGAUUAGCGAUAGCGAUAACGGUCGAAGGAGUGACUUUAGAGGGAACUAGGCUUGGAACGGUUUUUUUUUUUAAUAUUCAUUGAAAAAUAAAUGCACCGAAACGGUGGUAUUGUGAUUAUCGCGUUUCUUGACGUUAAAUAAGGAUUUAUAUGCUUUUGGGAUUUUUACAUUCUCGUGUAAUAAUUGAAUAGUCGUGGAGGAAUCGAUGGAAUAAUUAACGGGGGCGUGAUAGUCCAUAAGUAAGUUUUUUAAAAUUUGCAGGGAAGUGGAUUAAAAAUUUAUUAAAACAUUUCUCGGAGAAGCCUGAUUGGCCCACGUGGCUCUAUUUAUUACGUGCGCAUUAAAAUAUUCACUCGAACGCUUCUCGCGACAGAGUUACUAUCACCGCGGUCCAUCGACUGGUUAAUCGAUUAGUUGGUCUACUUAACCCUUUGUCAGACUCAAAAAACAACUCCAUAAAGGAAUUUACUUCGCUCCGUGAACGAACCGCUGCAAAACACGGGAAUAAUUUAUCGUUUCUUCACUGCUUCCUUAAAAACAGCGAACUAAUUGGCCAAAAAUUUACGCCUUUGAUGAAUUCUCUAAUUUCGUUAUUAAUUUGAUAUUAUGCUUGGUGGUUAGCAUAAAAUGUUUAUAGAAUCGUUCAAUUACGCAUAGAUCGUGCAUAUCUAUGUAGAUUCAUAUUUUUAUGAACAAGACCAAAGAAUGGAAAUGAAAAUGAAAAUUUAUUACCUUAAUUUGAAUAUUUUGCAUGUUCGUUCUGUGCAUUUUUCCACCUUUAAAUUUCCCGUAAAUGCAUAAAUAUCCGCAGUCUGAUUACGAGCGUAAAAACGAGAUGCCCGUCGUUGUGGCCAAGUAAAUACAAUCACUUUAUCGUCACGAUUGUCAAGCAAUGUGUAAUCAAAUAUGCUAAACCAGUCCGAAAUGACGCGCAUUAUUUCAUAGAGAACGUUCACUGAGACGUACACCUUCGUUCAUAAGUAAUCCCUUUUCCUUUGCCACUCUACAUCAUAAAUUCAUAUUAAUUACGUAUAACGAAAUUUCUUUGCAAGACUUUUCACCGAAGAAUCUACCAAAGAAAUGACCAUAGACGAAAUAUAAAUUAAUGAAAAUGUCUGCAAUUAGAAACAUGCAAAGCUGUUUCAAACUUUUAACCGUUAAUGAGCGUUCCAUUAAACAUGAAAGGGUUAAAUGCUUGAUUUUUAUAAAAUACAAUAAUAAUUGCAAACUUUCAACCGAGAGCGUAAAUUCUGUCGUUCCACACUUGCUAAAUUCAUCGUCCACGCGACACGGUGAUCAUCGUCACCCUCGAUCGUGAAACUUUCAGCCCUAACGAGGCGAGGGGUUAAACGAACGAGCGGUGUGUUCGAUUCGAGGGCCAGCAUGCGGUGACCGCGUGCAUCCGUCGACGCAUGUGAUUGAUCGAACAGCGUGCAGGCAUUGCGGUUUGUCUCGGGGCCGACGAGGUUCGCCCCUGUAGGUUAGGGAUGGCAGUUGCCGCGAUCGCUUUGAACCACCCCGCCGGCACACGGCACAGCCUCCAACGGGCCGGACCGCGCCAAGACUUUUUUCCUCUCCGGCGAAUCGUCUCGCUCCGUUGCCUCGAAGCGGUUACACCUGCACACGCGUGUACGCUUCUUCUGGGACAGACGCUGGGACAAAGAGAAGAUAAAACAGAAGCGGAAGAGGCUAAAGACGGGUCGACGGAAGUAGACUCUUGAUAACAGGGGAUGAGAGAAAGAAGAUUCUUGGAGGAGAGGACGGAGGAGGAGGGAGAUAGCUCGAUGAAAGGAGAGUGGAUGUUUAACGGAGGAUGAGGGCUCGAGGAAAAGGUGCUAGGGCAGAAGAACGAAGGGGUAAAUAUUGAGAGCUUGGAGAGUGCAAGCUGCUGAGAUAAGCAACGGCUAAUUGGGGAGAUGUUAGCAAGCGGAAAUGUGAAGAGGAAGAAGGAAAAGUUGUAAAGCUGAAUAUUAUUCGAUGAUUUCUAAGCUACGUUCUUCGUAUUAGACGAUCUGUCGUUUGGAAGAGACCUCUGUUACACGUCAAAGAGAAGCGGAAGUUUGAUAGAGAACGAGGGUUGAAAAAAAAGAGAUAUCGUGAAAGGCAUAGAAAAGGGGUAAUAUUGUGAGCUUGGUGAAUAUAAACUAAUAAGAUAAGCAGGGGCUAAUUGGGAAAAAAGAAAUGUAAAGAGGAGAGAAAUCGUAACGACGAUGAGUUACAAGAGUAUUACCGAGCUAUGUCUUUUAUGUUGGAUAAUCUGUCUCUGGUACAGUGUCAUAUCCUGUCCGUGCGUGGUCCGCUAUACGACAACUUUCCAGACGUCUACUUCUGGAGCCAGACGACUCGAGACUUCUGCUUUCCAAGUCUGCUUAAUUUGCUUUGCUCCUUUUCACCUGGAAAAAUACAACAAACCCAUUGAACAUCUAUGGAUACAAACACACAUAUAGUUCGUCUACUUGCAAACUUUUCGCCCUCAUACAAAGAGCAGAGUAAGCGAAACAACACUUGGGAAGAGUCACGAAAAGAACAAGGGAAGUAAACUUAUAAGAUCGGGGAAGGGAAAACUCUUCAUCCGAAGAAGGGGUUAACGAGAGGCCGAGGAAGAGACGGAAAGGAGAGAAACCAUCGAGGGAAAGGGCAAAGAGCAGGUCUGGCGAGAACGGGACGAAACAGAAGUGGAAGUAGAGAAAGAAGAGGAAGAUGGUGGCCCAGAACGGGGAUUGCGGACUCGCAGGAGCGAAUGGACCUCGCCUCUGGGGAUGUUCUUUUGACAGUCAUGUCGCUGUCGUCUCCUAAGGUCCCCCGGCGGCGUUGCAUUAAUCUUCUUCUUCCGACCCCGCCUUAUUGAAAAUUCUACAGAGCGCUUCACAGUUUUUGCUACCGGUUCGCCCUUUGUACCCGGCGCACACCCCCUGGGACGUCACCUACGGAUUCACCUGCGAAGUAGAUCGUCGCGGCUUCCGUUUCGUCUCGUCUCGUUUCGUCUCGUUUCCUUUCGUUCCGCUGGAACGAGUCUUCAGUCUCGACGAAUCCUUCCAAAUGACGACCGCCAAUCGCACGAGUAAUUUACUGCCGACGAAUUUCAACCGAUUCCCCGACUUCGGUAGGUUUCCAAGUAUGGGAGGGAGGAAUCGAGACGUGCCCGAAGGGUUGCGAGAAUUUACCACCACAAACAACAUAUGUUUGGCAACGUGCAGACUAUCUUAGAUACAAAGAGGAAGUAGGUGUUACUGCCUCGAGGUACGGAAUCGCGAACAUCUCUGACCUCAUCCGCUGAUAUCUCAAUCAGAAAGCGCGUUAACGUAAAAAAUUCUUAAAUAAAUUUCUUCGAGUUUUACCACCGAUACCAUGCAAAAAGAAGCAAACGAGCGAUAUCAUGCUACAAGUUUGAAAAAGAAGAACCAAUUUUGUACGAACCACCUACGAUACCACUGUUACACAUUCUUUUCUUCGACUACUUUGCUUCUCGAGAGAAUUCAACCUACGAUUACUUCCUAAUGGUAUGUUUCUUCGUGACGUUAAUGGUAAUGCCUUCUGCUGUCAUUAUACUACAACAUUUUUUGCCACUUACGCAAUCUAAUUUCAUGAUAUUCAGUUUUUUUUAUUCAAGACAUUAAGUAGUACUUAAAGAAAUUAUCAAUGGAUAUGUAACUAAAUAUCGAAUGAAGGGUGAGGCUAUAUUUCGAAUCACUUUCAUGUCUCUGUUUUAAGAAAUAAACGACAACCAGAAUUUCGUUAUGA